AUGGAGACCAGUGAAGAUGAUCAGCCAUCUCCCAUCACGUUUUGGGAAGGCUACCAUCGAGAUGACCUCACCUUAAUGACUAUUAAGGAUUCUACACAACAAGAUUAUGAUACAGACAAGUCUCCAGAUAUCGAUGUUGUCCAUGUCAUGCCGGUUGGUCAAGCGGAUGAACGGCUGAAGCUCGAUACUCUUCUUCUAGAGUCAGUGGCUUCCAGACGAAGAGAAUUUGUUUUCCUGUACCAUAUAGGGAGCUUACUGGCUGGCGAAUUCACGGGCCAGUCUAUUGAUGGCCUUGCCCGAAAAUUGCUGCAAAGUCUCAUAUUUUUCCAGCAGAGAGCUGAACAGCCAUCAAGAAGAGCGUUGGUGUUUGUUGCCUACGAUUUGGGGGAUUUAAUUGUCAAAAAGGCCAUCUGCAUCGCUGGCGCAAAUGAGCAAGAAUGGCCAGGAAUUUUCAUGAGCGCCGCUCAGUUUAUAUUCGCAGGCGGCUUCCAAAGAGCAAAUGACUCACAAUUGCUCUAUUCCAAAGUAUUCGACUUCCUCAUGUCUCGAAAGGACACCUCAUGGGAACGAGCUUUGUCACCUGAAUCAAUCAGUAGUCUUACAAAGUGCACAGUGGAAAUUACUGAAGCUUUUAUCGCUUCCAAAAUAACGCUUCGAAGCCAGGUUAUAAGUCUUUAUGCAAAUGUGGUAGGGCAAGAGGAGAAGAUAUCAUAUAUAUUUGAUCAAGCCACCGCGACAAUGGGGGUGCCAAACGAGAUCAUACUUCGAGAACAAAAGCAGAAAGACAAAGAGCCAUUUUGGGAUUUACAUAACACAGUUUGUUCUAACAUUAAAUCUUGGCUCCCUCACGAGUCUUGGAUUCCCUUUCAGCAAUCCCUUUUGGCAGUAACUUCGGCACAUCGUCCGUUGUCGUCAACAUGUCUUGACGAUUCACACCCGGUGUUUAACAGCACUGAAUAUGAAACAUGGAUGGCAUCUGCUGGUGCGCGCAUACUAUAUGUUUCUGGUGAUGAUCAUAACGCGGUAACGGAAGCUGCUGAACAGGUAUUCCUCGACUGGAGGCUCAAACAAAGAAAGAAUCGGAAGGAAGGGGUAGUAUUCUUACCCAUCUCGUUUGUUUUCUCUGCCCGUGACCCAACACGCUCUUCAAUGAAGGACAUGAUCAGCUUGCUCCUGGUCUCAUAUCUUUCUGGCAUUGCAAUUGCGAAAGGCGACCCAUUGCCUGGAGCCAUAAGAGAUCAGUUGGUGCUUCAACACGCAUGGACGGAAACGGAUCUCUUCAAGCUUUUGGCAAUAUUUUCCCGCGAGUUUAUGGGCUUCAAUUUGGUUCUUCUACUUCAGAAUAUCGACGAAUGCGACAAACACAGUCGAGAUACAUUCUGGGAUGUGCUGAGCGCCUUCGCAACCAGGAGUGAAACGCGGUUCAAGGUAGUGGUUACAUGCGGGAAAUCCCUUGAUCUUCAUGAUGAACUACGCCACUGGGCAGAUAUCCCGGUCGACACAUGGAUUCUCCCGGAUGAUAUGGAUGAGUCGAACGAGAAUGCUGAGGAUGAUUACCCGGAUGACCUGGUCUCUACCUUUUGUCCCGGUGGGCAUGGCGAGACUGAAAUUAGGCCGAAGCUUGAAGAGCUGAAGCUUAUGAAGAAAGAAAACCGAGACAUGAUUCUUAAACUGAUAGGGGAAAUUACUAACUGGCCCCAAGAGCUGUCAACAAAGGCAUUGCACAAGUUCUCUUCUCACCUCCGAGCCGUUACCUUGGCUUCUACACCAGCUGAUAUUUUGAGAAAAGCUCUACGAAACGUUGCUCAUCAGGAGGGCCUCAGCUGGAUUUUGGGAUGGCUCUUUAAGGGGCAACGACCCCUAAGCUACCCUGAACUGGCAAUGAUGCUGUACCAUUACAAACGUGGAGAAACUCAAGGUUUCCAAGUACCUUCUUCUAUGGAGCUAGACGACUUUCUAUCGCAAAUUCGGCUAUGGUUUCGCGGCAUCACAGAGUCUGUCAGCGGGCAGGUCCGUAUCAAGGAAGAAUUACGGGAUUACCUGCAGAAUGAGUUGAGCAGCAUUUGGGCGGAAUCAGCAUCACCUGGCGCCAUCACGACAUUUUUACUCAAUUACUUGAAAGCACCCAAUAUUCAGCAACGGCUAGAAUCCAUUAACAAAGAGUAUCAGUCUCGAGUUGAGUCUUCUGGUGAAGCCAUUACGCCACCGCUUAUCUCGGAUGGACAAGACAUUAUAUUCUAUGCUAUUCAGGCUCUCCCUUAUCAUCUAUCCGAGAAUCCUGUCGUCUUAAAGAGUAUCAAAGAUGAAUUGAUGGCUAGCGACGGCAAAUUGACAACAUGGUCAAAGGCAUACUGGGCUAUGAGCAACCCAUUCUCCCGUCCCGAAUCUGGAGCUUUACAUUCGCCUUGUGAAACACUUCUUGCGCUGGGGAAUCUGAAGCCGGAAGCCAUUACCAUUCUCAAGGAGAUGCAGCAUUCAUCACUCUCAUCUACAACUGGUAGCCGCGCGAAGAAUAGCUCACCAAAAUCACCAGAUUUAGACUCUCUAUCCAAGGCGAUUAGAGAGGCAAAUGAGGAUGUCGCGGUGUCUAUUGCAGAGGAGCUGAUUUCCGCAUCCAAAAGACAAGAUCAAGACUACGAGCAUAUUGACGGUUCAAAGUUUAGCUCAAAAUUACCCUGGCCGUCGUGGUUCCUAUGGAGAGCAGUAUAUCUUAACAUGGUCCGAUUAGUUACGUUGCUCGUGAACGACGGCAUCGACCUAGACCCAACAGAUGGAGGUCCCGAAUUCUUUCCAUCUCCGCUCUACAUGGCCUCCCGUCUAUGCCACGACCAGAUAAUAGACAUACUGAUAGAGCAUGGGGCCAAUCUCCAUGUGAAGAGACUGAACAAAUACAAGCCAGUACAGACUGCGACUUCCAAUGGUAGUAUGCAUGGCGUCAAGCUUAUGAUAUCCAAAGAUGCCUCGCUUCUGGAGAGUCAGGAACCGGAAACACCACUAUAUUUCGCGGCCCUCGAGGGUGGCUGGGCCAUGGCAAAGAUGCUAUUAGAUCUUGGAGCCGAUCCAAACUCAGGAUUAGGGGAGAGACCGAACUAUAGAUGGGCUCCUCUUGUCGUUGCAGUAGAGGGGAACCAUCUUAAGACAGUGGAGAUUCUACUCGAAAACAAAGCAGAUCCUAACAUUUGCGGACCAAACAAUCUGGACACUCCACUCUGGUUUGCAGCUAUCAAGGCAGCGAGUGCGGACAUGGUUCGCCUCCUCCUCGAUCACGACGCAGAUCCCAAUCACGAACUGCUAAAUCCGCCAUUACCUAUAGAAUUGGUAAGAUCAUCGGUAUCAGUCAAGGAUAAGCUUGCUAUCUUCGAAGUUCUCAUCAAAAACUCACCCCCCGUUCGGAUCAAUGCAACCGACGGGGAGAUUAUGACGCCGCUCCUCUACGCCGCAGAGGCGGGAGAAUUGUCUCUGGUGACAUGGCUUCUAGAGCACGAGGCAGAUGUCAACGGCACAGACAACCUUGGCCGCAGCGCCCUCUGGUAUGCCAUUAAGAAUUUGCGUGUAGAGGUAGUCCGCGAGCUGCUGAAUUGGAAGCCCCAGCUGAACAACUUGACCACAAGCGGACAGCCGCUUGUCGAAAUUGCAAUAGAGGACGUCGAAAUCAUGCGGAUGCUGCUAGAUGCUGGUAUCGACAUGGAGCAGCCAAACUACAACAAUCACACUGUCCUCAAUAUCGCCGUUGAUUGGAGGAAGACGGAGGUUGUGAGGCUCCUGGUUGAGAGAAAGGCGAACAUGUACCACUGCGGCAACGGCGGCUGGAAUGCAAUUACGAUUUCAACCUGGAGUACUGCAGACCCGCAGAUUCUGCGAAUUUUGGCAGAUGGCGGUGCAAAUCUUGGUGUGGUUCAUCCGGAGACUGGAAACACUCCCCUGCAUUUCGCCAUGGCCUGGCAGGAGGAGGAGCUCACCAAGAUCAUUCUAGAACAUCGCAAGAGCAUUGAUCUGGAGAAGCGCAACAACUACGGCAGAACACCUCUUUUGUAUGCCUGUGGAGAGGAUAACGAAGACUGCAUCGAGCUCCUCGUCAAAGCUGGAGCCGAUGUCAAUGCGGAAGAUCAAUGGGGCUGGACAGUCCUAUCGCUUGCUGCGAGACGCGCGCUCAAGGCCCAUGUCACUGACCUGCUCCUCGCACAGCCAGAUCUUAAAAUAGACGCUGAAGGGAAAACCAAAGGGACCGCGCUGAUGGUGUCGUGUCGUUCGCUGAACCGUGAAAUGGUAACCAAACUCCUUGCCCACGGAGCUGAUGCGAACAUAUCGGUCAAGGAGCUAUCUUACAACAGCACGGCGAUAAAAUCUGCCUGUAUACCCUGGAAGGAACUGUACGAUGAUAAAAAGAACGAGAUGGAUGGAAUUGUUUCCGAGUUGAUCGCCAAUGGAGCUGAUGUCAAUGCCGUGGGAGGAUGCAACAUCUACAAUGCCAUUUGUGCAGCCUCUUUUGCAGGCUUCGCCAGUACCAUCAACCUUCUUCUUGAUAAAGGGGCUUCCGCGCAAGACCCUGAUCCUUUAGGUCGACUCCCGAUCCACUAUGCUGCCGCGAAUGGCGUCAAGAAUUUCGAGGCAAUAGCCCUUGUCCACAAGGGAGAUAUUUUGGUCUGCGACCGCGCCGGCAAGAACGCUCUACACUGGGCCGCUCAGUUCGGCAACGUGAAGACGAUUGAAGCUAUCCUGGAGCUUCUGGACUCUUCACCAAAAAAGAGAAAGGAGUACGUCAAUCAAGCUGAUAUUGAUGGCUGGACGCCGCUUUGCUGGGCCGUACGCCCUGUUACUGUGCGCCUUGGGCCUGACUCGGAGUCUGAGCCCCGUGAUUAUGUCAAAACCGUGAAAUAUCUCAUUGAGCAAGGAGCCGAUUGUUCAGUCAAAUUUACCAUGGGAACGGGCAAAAAUGUCGAGACGUUUACUCCCGUGGAGAUGGCCAGGCUCUGUGGCGCUGCCGUUGCCAGCGAGAUCAUCGACAUGUUGGAUACCAGCCUGGAUGACAGCUUAGCAAACGGUACAGAGAGGAAAAGCAGCGACGCCAAUAAGCCGAGUAAAAGAUAUAAGUCAAAAACAGCCUAUUGCGACAUAUGUCUAAAUACAAUUUUUGGCCAUUCAUACCAGUGCCAGACGUGUCCCGACUUUGAUACCUGCAAGAAAUGCUACGGCAGAAUAGACUUUUAUCACAAUGAUAUCAGUUUUGAUGACAAACAACAUUCUUUUGCGUUUCGGAAAGAUUACGAACAAGAAUUUGAAGACCUUCCGGCUGAAGAGUCACCUGACCCUGAGAAUGGAAAUCAAGAGAACGUGGGUGGAAAAGAGACGGAACGAUCUGAUGAUGGUGAGCUGCAGAAGAAUGGAGACGACGAGACGGAUGACUUGGGUCUUGGGAGUUUGGAUGAUUUGGACGAGUUGGAGGUGGCGGAGGAUGAUACCCGCGUCACCGCAAAAUACUCCAUCAAGCCCGUCAAACCCCGCAAAGCAGCAGACCCCAGCUCUACCUCCGCCGACGAAUCCUCCUCCCCCUCGGACCCGAAACCCCCCCGCGGCAGCCUCGUCCUCAAGACCUACGACCCCGUCAGCGGCGUCGCGCUCAAGUACCGCACCACAAAGGCCGCGGAGGUCACGCGCCUCAUGUACGCCGCCAUGGGUCGUCUAGGCAGGGCGCAGGCCGGCGUGCAGGACGUUCCCGAGGAGACGAUGCAGGAUGCUGAUGCGGUUGAAACGCCGCAGGGAGAGCAGACGCCGACGCAGCAGACGCAGCAGCAGGGUGCGGCGGGAGGUGGUGGGGGUGGGAAGAAGAAGAAGAAGGGCAAGAAAUGA